AGGCCGCCCUGGCUGCCAAGGAGGCGGAGUUGCAGCAGGCGCAGUCGCUGCUGACCGAGAUGGAGGGCAAGUACCAGGCCAGCCUCAGCAAGCGCAUGGCGGCUGAUGAGGUCAGCAACGGCCUGCAGCUGCAGCUGGCGCAGACGCGGGGGGCGCUGGCGGAUGCACGGAGGCAGCAGCAGGCGGCGGAGCAGGAGGCAGCUCGAGCAGCAGAGGCGGCAGCCGAGGCGGAUCGCGCCGCCGCCGCUCGCGUCGCCAACGCCAACCGACUCGUCUCUGCCGUACAGUUCCGAGCCACUGAGGCGGGCAAUGUGCUGGCAAAUCGAUUGGACGCGGUUUCGGAUCGGUUGACUCGACAGUUGGCGGAUCGGUUGGGUCGGGGGUUGGCGAGCGAGGCUGAGCGAGUGGACCGAGCGAUCACUAUCACCCAGCUGAAGCUGCAGUCGUGGGAGGGGGAGCUGCUGGAGGUGGAGGCGGGGCUAGCAGGACUGGGCAGGACACUGGAGGUGCUGCAGGCGGGGGCGGUGCGGCGGAGGGCGGAGAGGGAGCGGGAGGUGCACUCGGCUCACGGCGACGCCUGCUCCCUGCGCGCCCGUGUUGACGAGCUGAGCGCCGCGCUGGCGGGGGAGGUGGCGGCGCGGCAGCAGCUGGCGGCGGGGAAGGCGGCGGUGGAGGCGGAACACAGGGCAGCGCUGCAGUCGGCCCAGGCGGUAGCUGACGAGCGGGUGGAGGCGGAGCGGCAGCGGCUGGGCGCGCGACUGGAGGCGGUGGAGGCGGAGGUCGCCCGCCUCACCCGCACCCACCAGCGCGACCUGGCCUCCGCCCAGCUGGCGCACGAGCACGAGCGCAAGCAGCUCACCCGGCGCAUAGAGGAGCUGGGCGAGGAGCUGCGGCAGAUGAAGGAGGCGCCGCCGCCGCAGCCGCCGUCCAUGUCCAACGCCCUGGCGGUGCUGCACACGCAGCUCAACGCGGACCUGCAGGCGGCCAAGGACCAGUACGACAGGAGCCUGGCGCUGUACAAGGAACAGCUGGAGGGGACCCAGUCCAAUGUGCGCUCCGCCUGGUCCACCUGCAUGAAGCUCUCCUCCGACCUGGCGCUGGUGGGGCGGCACCUGCAGCGGACGGGGGCGCCGGGGCCGGGGGGCAUGCAGGAGGGGGCGGGGGAGCUGCCGCCGGCGCUGAGGGGGGUGGCUGAUGACGGCGGCGGCGCGCUGCUGAAGGAGCUGGCUGCCGCUCUGCGGCUGGGCUUCACGCAGGUGGUGGAGGGGGUGCAGAACGCGGUGAGGCGGCUGCAGGUGGCGCAGCAGCGGAACGAGGAGAUGGAGGCCAAGGUUGCCGCGGUGGACCCCGCCGCCUGGAACGCGGUGGCCUCGGAGCUGCGGCGCACGGUGGCUCAGCUGGUGCACGUGGAGGACAGCCUGGGGCCGCCCUGCACCUGCCUCAUGUGCCUAGAGGUGUUCAAGUCCCCAGUAACACUCAUCCCCUGCGGCCACACCUUCUGCCGCAAGUGCCUAGCCAAGGCAAACGGGCUGUGCUCCGAGUGUGGCUCCGACUCGGCAGCGCUCAUGACCAUUGCGAACGCCCCGCUAGACGCGAUCUGCGCCAAGUUUGAACUCAAACGCAGCGCGCUUGCGGCUAUACAGCGCGCGCUACAGCAGGCGGGAGGGGGAGGAGCGGCGGCGGUGGCGGCGGCGGUGGCGGCGCCGGCUGCGGCAGGGGGAGGAGGGGGAGGUAGCGGUGGGGGUGGUGGAGGAGGAGGUAGCGGGACGGCAGCGGGGUCGCAUGGGCAUAAUGCGUACGGAGGGAAAGCGUACGGGCAUGGGCACGUGCACGGGUAUGGACAUGGGCAGGGGCAGAGUGUGUCUGGGACACAUGGGCCGAGCGGGCAUGCAUAUGGAGGGGGUCAGGGACAUGGGGGGAGGCCUGGCAGUGGGUUGAGGCCUGGGAGUGGGCAAGGGAACGGCGGAGGAGAGAGUGGAGGCCGGGCGGAGGGAGCGGGGGGCACAAGUAGUGGUGUGUAAAGCGGAAUGGCAGGUUGGGGCGGUGGAUGGGAGUGGGAGUUGAUGGGAGUAGGGGGGAGAGCUGGGGAGCUGAUUUUGGACUGGGUGAACAGGGGGUGCGUGCGGAACUUCAACUGCGAUAUUACGCAUUCAUGUAGAUGUUGACUUGGCACCGGGUUCUGUGGAUAGCUCAACAUGGCAUCUCUUUAGCACGCUAGCCUUAUUCCUUUGUUCAGUUGGAAAGGACAUUCUUAUUGUUUAUCUAAAGAUCCGUAUCAUGCUGAAGAUCUGCUCGUGCGCCGCGGCACAGCAUGCACGGCACGUUGCGCGGGGCCAGCUCCAUAGCAACACGCAUACGAGGCGAGUUUGCAUAGCUUGUGCUUCUACUUAUUGCCCGCCUUGCCAAUUCAAUAUCUUUCGGGCCACAGUCCGAUUUUAUGUCAAGUGAGUUCAUAGCGCUAGCGCAGUUGUUACCGUGUACGUCCAUCAGCGCGUUGCUUGGUCUGUUACUGCAUUUCACAGGUGUCAACCGCAGAUACGCACGUUAUACCGUAUACGUAAACUAGCUGUGCGCCUAGACUGAGUUGCCUUGUUACAGUGCAAGCGCCGCUAGCGGCAUAACCAAUAACUAAGUAAUAUAAGCAUAACUCUUUACGGUUUAGGCCUUUUUACUACGUCGCCACGUUUGGGCCUUGGGCGCCAUCCUGCCAACCGCUGACUACCGGUAGCCCUUGCUCUGGAGCUAGGCUUGCAGUGCAAGCAGCAAGUUGGGACGCUGCAGCACCCGCAUCGUAUCUUUAGUCAAGAAUUUGUCCCUAUUGGCUUUCGCUGAACUCCACGACAGGUCAAUCAACCCAUCCAAACUUAAGAUGCUGACUCCAGAGCCUCCCCUAAAGCGGCCACGCAUAUUGCCGGAUGCUCCAGCAGCAGCUCCCUGCAGCAGCGCUGGCCCUGGCGCUAGCAACCCCAACGUAGCAGAGGUUCAGAAGUCAACCAUAUCAGCACUUCAUGGCUCGGACCUGGCUCCCUCCCGGGACCAGCUGCCGACCCAGUUGCCCAGCCAGCCGCAAGCACAGUCACAGGCCCCCAUUCAACCGCUAUCUCAGUCGCAAUCCGUGUCACAGCCACAACGGCAUCCGUCUCAGCAGCAGCCGCAGGCGCAACGACAUCAACCCCAGCAUUCCCAACACCACCACCAGCAGCAGCGGACACUGCCGUUAGCCGCCGCCACCACAACGAUCUUGCCCACUGCCUUGCCGAGCUGGGCGGAGGAGGCAUUACGAGGAGUAGAUCCUUUUUGGUUGCCCAAGGAGACCCUUGCUGUCAUCGUCACGCAACCAACAGCCCCGGCCCCUGGGACGCACGGCCAGCUGCAGAGUGCUUCGGCUUUGUUUACGGUGUCACCCGCAGCACUUGACGCCAUAAAGGACAAGAAGACGCAGGCACGCCUGGUCUGCGUGCAGCCAAACGACGGGCCGCCCAACCGCUGUCACUGGUACGGCGGCAGCUAUGUACUGCUCAACGGCAGGCCGCACGACGUCACCAAGGAAGACCGAGUGCAGCUGCUGCUGGGUCCCACCCAGGCGGAUCAGGCAGUGGACCUCUCCUCCGGUCUCAUCCGCGGCGCCAACCGCCUCACCCUCAUGUGGCCCGUGGGCGCAGCAGGAGCCGUGGCGGUGCUGCGCCUCUGCUCGCCGCAGUCUCCAACCGAGCUGGCUCGCCGCCUGGCGCCGCCGCUGCCGCUGGCGCAGGCGGCGCGACUUGUACGACAACACAUGGCGGCGGGAAGCAGCAGCUGCGGUGAGGAAAAGGACAACGCCGAGAAGCCUGAUGACACGGAUGGCGGCAAUGCUUCUGAGGCUGCUCGUGAUGGGGAGGGAAAUGCGGAUGGAGAAGGGGAUGCUGACGGG